AGUCGGCGUCUGGGCGCAGGCGGCGCGCGAGCAGGCGGGCGGCGCGUGGUCCCCGCGGCCCAAACUGGGGACAGACACAGCAAGCGGGCGCGGCGAGAGGGUAACGGGGCCCCUGCCGCCUCCUGGGCACCCCAGGUGACACGGCUUCCUCAGGUUUCCUUCCCGGGGUUGGCAGCUCUCCGCCUGGUGGAGAGGCCUCCGGCUGAGAGCCCUUGCGAAAACCAGUGGUUGCUUUCGUUUCCUCAUUUUGGGAAGCCCCUGCCUGCCACCCGGCGGCUCAGGACCGCCCGCGUCCUCAUGGACGAAGAAAGCCCAGCGGUCCAGCCCCAAGACCAGAGCUGCUGGGCUGCUCUGCCCGCCGUGUGCCUGCGUCGUGUGUUCUGGUGGCUGGGGGACGGCGACAGGUCCAGGGCCGCCCUCGUCUGCAGAACCUGGAACCAGACGAUGUACUCGGCCGACCUCUGGCGGCACAGGACCAUCACGUUCAGCGGGAGACUGUCCAGGGUGCACGCGUCCGAGUUCGAGUCCGCUCUCUGGUACGUGAAGAAAUUCGGUCGUUACCUGGAGCACCUGGAGAUCAAGUUCCUGAACCCGUACAACGCCGUGCUGACCAAGAAGUUCCAGGUCACCAUGCGAGGCCUCCUCUCGUGUCUGGGCAAGAGUAACAGCCGUCUGAAGUCUCUGUCCGUCCAGCACCUGGAGCUGGACCGCCUGGUCUGGAGGAACAGCGUCCGGACCUCGUUCAUCAAGAGCCUGAGCUUCUUCUUAAAGAAAGUGGGCAAACACCUGGACCACCUCAACCUGAAAGGGGCCCGGCUGACCGUGGAGCAGGGCUGUGCGGUGCUCAGCGCCCUGAGCUUCGUCAGGGGCGAGAGCGGGCUGUCCCAGCUCAACAUCGAGGACUACUUCAGCCACCACCUGGCCGUCUACAGCAGCCCCCAGUUCCACGCGGCCAUGGCCGCCUUCCACAGCCUGGUGUCCCUGACCCUCAACUACAACUGCAUCUCGGACGAGCUGCUCGAUGGCCUGUGUGAGAACAACUCCAGGACCCUCUGGACCCUCAACAUCAAGUGCCACGUUCACGACCCCCACGGCCAGGUCGUCUGGGGCAUGUCCUGGGCCAGGCUGGCCAGGCAGGCCUCCAAGCUCAAGGUGAACUUCUUCUUCGAGCGCAUCAUGAAGCACGAGCGCCUGGCCCGCAUCCUCCUGCAGGAGAUCCCCGUCCGGAGCGUCAGUCUGCGGAGCUGCUACUUCAGCGACCCGGACUGGUCCAUGCGGCCCACGCUGACAGAUCUCCUGCCCACCUUCCGGCACACUCUGCAGAAACUGACGUUUGAGUUCAACAACAGCCACGAGUCUCUGGACGAGGAGCUGGGCCUGCUGGUCCUGUCCUGCAGGAAGCUGUUCUACUUCAAAGUCUGGGCCUUCCUGGACGUCAGGUUCGUGGAGCGGAUCCUGAAGAGCCAGGAGGAAGGGCAGUGCUCCCUGCGCACCCUCAAGGUGAGGAUUUACACCAGCAGGUACGAGACCCACGAGGAGGACAGGACGCUGCGGGAGAUCCACAGGCGGUACAGGAGGCUCAUCGACGCCGGGCUCAACUACUUGGUCAUCGCGUACCCCAUGAUGUAGGGCGCGCCCCCUGCCCCGUGCCCGCUUUGCCAGGCCCACCCCGCCGACGUCCCAACAAAGGCGGGGGCGCUGGUGACGUGACUUUAAAGUGCUAUCUUUACCAACUC